GCUUCUGAAUUUGGCACGAGAAGGACAACAUCAAAUGAAAGCAGUGAGCCCUGUGAAAAGAAGACUAAGGUACAACAAAUUACUCUAGAAGACAUCUGUAAUCCACUGAAGACUCAGGAUAAAAAACCUCAGAAGUGUGAAAAGCCCCGUAUAUGUUUGCAAACUCUAGACAGACUGAGAGAAUUCUGCAGUGAUUCGGACCAGCAAUGUAACAGAGACCAGGAGGAUAGUUUUCAAAAGAGAGAAUCUCUGAGUUUGGAAAAAUGUCCAAGUAUUAUUGGAAAAAGUUCAGAACUGAAAAGCCCUCCUCAGUCCUGGGACACUAGCCCAAAGGUUGCUCAGAAGGAGGAGUUACGCUGUCACCUUAGUCAGUUUUCUGCAUCUUUUAAGUCAUAUGAAAAUACUCAGAAUACUUCAGAUACAACUCUUAAUAAGAGAACCAAAAGCAUUUACACUCCACUAGAACUUCAGUUCCUAGAAAUGAAGAAACAGUAUAAAGAUGCUGUUUUAUGCGUGGAAUGUGGCUACAAAUACCGCUUCUUUGGAGAAGAUGCAGAGAUUGCAGCUAAAGAACUAAACAUUUAUUGUCAUCAGGAUCAUAACUUUAUGACUGCCAGUAUACCGAGUCACAGACUGUUUGUCCAUGUGCGGAGACUUGUAGCAAAAGGAUAUAAGGUUGGAGUAAUAAAACAAAUGGAAACUGCAGCACUGAAGGCUGCUGGAGAAAAUAAAAGCUCUCUCUUCAGCCGGAAACUUACUGCUCUCUACACUAAGUCUACGCUUAUUGGAGAAGAUGUGAACCCUUUGCUGAAGCUAGAUGAUUCUCUAGAUGUUGAAGAUGUAACAACAGAUGUCCCUGAUAACUACCUCCUCUGUAUCUGUGAAAAUGGAGAAAACUUGAAAGGCAGAAAGAAAGGUGACAUUGUUAUAGGCAUCAUGGCAAUCCAACCAACUACUGGAGAAGUGAUUUUUGACAGUUUUCAGGACUGUGCAUCUCGCUCAGAAUUAGAGAGUCGGGUUUUGCGCCUGCAGCCAGUUGAAAUAAUACUUCCAUCUAGCUUAUCAGAUCAAUCUGAAAAGCUCAUCAGCAGUAUAACCUCCAUGAGGUUACGGGAUGACAGAAUCAGGAUAGAAAGGAUGGAAAAUCUCCAUUUUGAAUACAGCCAUGCUUUCCAGCUCAUCACUGAUUUUUACACAAAAGAAGUGCCUGCUACUACAGGUCCUCAAAAACUAUCUGUAAUACUAAGCUUGGAUAAGCCUGUUAUUUGCUCUCUGGCAGCAGUAGUUACAUACCUCAAAGAAUUUAAUUUGGAAAAGAUGCUUUACAAUCCAAGCAAUUUCAAACAGUUGUCAAGUGAAACUGAAUAUAUGACAAUUAAUGGGACAACAAUGAAAAAUCUUGAAAUUAUACAGAAUCAGACUGAUAUGAAAACAAAAGGAAGCCUACUCUGGGUCUUGGAUCAUACUAAAACUUCCUUUGGGCGUCGAAGAUUGAAGAAAUGGGUAACCCAGCCCCUCAUGAAAUGCAG